AUGUUUCCAGUUUCCAGCCAUAGCGACCUCACUUUUAUCCAGCCAAAUGUAUGUGAUGAUGUGGACUGUGAUCAAUGGGCGUUUGGUCUCCGUGCCGCUUACUUCUCGACGACGUUGUAUAAUACACAACUGCCAACGCUCUCGCCAUACCCUCGUAAUGUCGAAAAAGGCUCUCGCGUCUAUCGUUCCACGAUGACCUUUGAUCCUAACAAGUCUUACAAGUUCAAAAUGGCCGAUACACAGUCCCAGGUGUACUAUCUACUGCGGCGCAAGCGCGACAAGAAUGAGAUGCAUCGUGCCAACUUUAUGCUCCUAGUUAUGAGGAUUGCGAUUGUGGUUAUUUCUUUCCUUGUGGCCAAGCCAACGAUUAUGAAAGGGAUAAUACGUUCGUCAACGUUCUCUUUCUCCAUCAAGUGUGAGUUUGCUAUUGUGACCAAGUGGUAAACGUGGUCCGGUCUUCAGCUGCAGACGAGUGAUUUCCGAAUGCUGGUAUAGUCGGACGAUCCAAGUGGCUGGGCAGAAUGGGGAUCUCAGGGGAUGGCGCUGCUAGUUCCGUCCCAGUCUCAACAAAUUGCUGAACUUCGUGAACUAAUAACGACACAACGCGCUGACUGUCAGCAAUCGCGGUGUCUGAGCCGCAUCACACAAGACAUGGCUUCUUCUGAGCAGAAAAUAUCUGAAUGUUCUAA